UAUUUGCAAGGAUAUAUAAGAGCAAUUUUGAUGUAAAACACUUCAUGUUAGUUCACUUUUCUUCCAUUAUCUUCAUUGUUCUCGGUUCCUGGAGUUAGAUUUUUUUUUGACCGCCGGCCUGACACUCUAUACAAAAAUAUAGGAGUAAAUGAAGAAAAAUAUUUUCUUCCUAUGGUUCAUAUAAGAGUGCUCACUAUUUUCCCUCCUUCGCAGAGAUCGGCUCGAUAUAUUUUAGUAGUGAAAUUUUACGAUUUAUCUACAACUCGUGGCCCCACUAAUUGCUAUGAAUCAGAUAUUUUGUUAUCUAUAUGACUAGUGAGCCAAUUUUAUAUUAGAAAAAAAUAUUCACCGAUGAAAUGGUGCAUUUUUGAUCAAAGGUGCAUAUUUUUGUAAAUAGCUUUAGGUUGUAGUUUGUUUUAAUUGUAACGAAGUGAUUUCUCCUAGUCAAAAUGAGAAUGUUAGCCCAAGAAUCAUGUAUAGAAAACGUGACUGAAGAAGUCACAGAAAAACUUAUAGAAUCUAGCUGUAACUCCUUUAUUAGUUUGAUCGACGAAGUAGAGGCUAUUCCGAAACUUCAUGGAAGAGGUUUUAAAGGCUCUUCUGAUGUAAAGAAGAGCUCAAAUAUAAAGGGCUCUAUUAAAUUGAAAUCUAUGGGCGAGAUUCGAUCAGAAAUUUUGAACCACGAUCUUCGUGAAAAUAAACUAACACAUUUAACCGGAUUGUCCAACGAUCCACGGAAGACAAUUAAUCGGUGUGGUAAAGAAGAAAAAGUCUUCAUUCGUCAAACACAAUCAAUUGAGACAUCUGCCAAUCGAUAUGAUGUGAAAACAAUACAGUCAAUCAGAAAAAAUAGAGAAGUGAAUGAUGAUGAGCCGAAUGUCGUGACGUCUGCCACUGGCACCACGCCGCUUGUCCAUUCAGAUUGUCGCAUAUCUGCUAUUGCGCAAGUCAUUCAUCAUAUCAAGGACAAAUGUGGGAGUAAACAUUUGUGGGAUUUUCUAACUUUUAUGUAUUUUUUCAAGUUUCUCAACUUCCUUAGCUCUCGAACUCCACUCAAAACUCUCCCAAACUCUCAACCUCCUUCACAUGCUCAUAAAUUCAGCCAACUACAAACACGCGAUCACAACAACAAUUCCAAGUCCUCCCAAAAUACGGAGACUGAGAUCAAGUCUUCACCUGAUGAAAUCCACGCUACGUUGUCUUCGCGGCGAACGUCUACCAAGAUGAAGAGUGGGAAAGCGACGCUAGGAAACAUUAUCAAGAUUUUGCUGUCUACCUCCAUGUUCUUUUGCUCUAUUUCUUCCUCAAGCGGUCAAAUCGAGAGCGGCGGUUGGCUGCUCCGCAAUCUGCUCAGCCUUCCGUCCGAGUGCAACAGCGAAGGCACUCUGUCCCCCUGCACAUUCCUGCUCACGUGUCUCAUACAAGGCGGGACACCAGUUAACAAGUGUGGCGGAGGUUAUAUCUACACGUGCUGUGUCCCAUCACACGUCACGUCACGAGGUGUCAUGAGCGUCAGGAGCGACUUGAAGGCCUCAGGUCCUACACUUCGCCAUAUCGGCGGGCUGUUUAGAGACGCUCCAGCCUCCGUUCUUGGUGCGUCGAACCAGCUUCUGCCGCCGCACUUGCGAUCGGCAGAGGCGCCUUCUCCUUCACCAGUUCCUUGGUUCCCGGACGGGGCAUGGCCAGGCAUAGACCCCCGUUCGCCUCUGGUUGGGGGUGACCCCAGCCCGCCCCAUCCCCCCGCGGGGUACGAGGACGAGUUCUCUAGUAACGGUAUAGGGGGCGCCGCCCCCUACCUCAGCGCUGACGCCUACCGGGGCUCCGGCCCCCUCUCCCGCGAGGCGCUCUCCCGCUCCCAUACCGACGACAACGAGAUAUAUUACAACGAACCUGAGUGCGGGGUGCAGAAGUUGUCGAGCAACACCAUCACUAAGCGCAUCAUCGGAGGCGAUGAAGCUCACUUCGCUGAGUUGCCGUGGCAAGCACACAUCAGGAUAGCUGGGUACCAGUGUGGCGGCGUGCUUGUCAACCGCUACUACGUCGCUACUGCCGCUCACUGCGUACACAAAGCAAGACUCCGGGACAUCACAAUUCACUUGGGGGAGUUCGACACGAAGGAUACAGGACAGCACUACGAGCCUUACCCCAAGGAAUCCUUCGGAGUGGUUGAGAAGAGAACGCAUCCUAACUUCAAGUACAUGCUCACUCAGCCUGACCGGUUCGACGUGGCUGUGCUGAGGUUGUCACGCCGCGCGACCUACCAGCCCAACAUUGUGCCCAUCUGCCUGCCGCCCCCCGGCGACCACUUCCCAGGGGCCAUCGGUAUAGUCGCGGGCUGGGGCAAGACGGAUAACAGUUAUGGUAAAACAGGAACGAACAUUCUACGCAAAGUCAUGGUACCAAUUAUCGACAACCAGGAGUGCCUGAGAUGGCAUCACCUGAAGAACAUCGACGUGAAGCUCCACUACGAGAUGUUCUGCGCUGGACACGCGCAAGGGAAAAUGGAUGCUUGCUUGGGAGACUCGGGCGGACCUCUUGUGGUAAACAACAAAGGCCGAUGGACGCUUGCGGGCAUAACGUCGGCGGGCUUUGGAUGUGCCGUUGACCACCAGCCCGGCAUCUACCAUAAGGUGGCCAUCACUUCCGGCUGGAUAGCUGCAACCCUUUUAAUUCUGGCUGGAUUGUUUCCGAUGUCAAACACCGAGAUCUUUCGAAAUUUUAUUAAUUUAAUAACGGGGACGAAUUGAAUAACGUGAAUCGAUUUUCCGAUUUUCAUCCAUUUUUUACUCGUGAUCAGAAUCAACCGCUUGAUUUCAGUAUAGGCUCGGUAAAUUUUGGCUCGUUCCAACACCAAUACCAAAGGAAUUUGAAGUAUGGUGCAAAAUAUUGGUCGAUGACAUCAUUAGUUCUUGUGAUAAAUAGAGAUAUAAUUGUUAUAACAAAAAGUAAUUUUUGUUAGUUGUCCAGACUCGUUUCCGUGCUUCAAAUUUUCAUGGAGACGCCAUAUAUAUGGCAAUGUUCUCGACUCCGUGAUAAUCGCCUCGUAAGAACCGUAUAUUUUGGUAGAAUUAUAAUUUUAAUUGAAUAAUGUUUGUAUUCUAGCACCUGUAAAUAAUAUUAUGACUUAAAUGAUUAUGUCCCUGCAAAUGUAUUUUAGUAUAUUCACAUUCAUGUACGGAAUACUGAAUAAUUUUGAAUCUGAACCCCAUAACAAAUGCGUGAAACUGUAUGAAUGAAAUGUCUUAAGCCUAUAAAUAUAGAGCAAUAAAAGUUGUUAAAAAAGA